AUGGCGAGGAAAGGCGCUCCGCUGCUCACUCUCGAAGAACCGAAUCUCGUCGACAAGCUACGAAGGAUCACUCACAAGCGCAGUCCACCAACACACCGCCUAGGCAACGCAGCCGAGAAGCUCGAACCUUGCGAAUCAAUGAGAAGCGGGAACUUUGAAGACGCCCUACUCAAGGAGAUGGACCAAGCAAACUCCACGUCUUUCACUGUCGAAAUUGAGCAGGUGGCUCCCCCGAAGCGGUUCUCGACGCCUUCGUUUACGCUCUUCAAGGGAGACUCCGAUCCCGAGAGCCACCUAAAACACUUCAAAAGUGUCAUGAUCCUCCACAAGGCCGACGACACGUUGAUGUGCAAGGUGUUUGUGAUGACCUUGCAAGGAUCAGCUCAAGAUUGGUUCCAUACCCUACCAUCCGGGUCAAUCAGCAACUUCAAGGAGCUGACAUACGUCUUCGCCAAAGAAUACACGUCUUACCGGAUAAUAAAAAAGAACCCCGACCACCUGUUCAACUUACGCAAGAAGUUCGACGAAUCCCUUCGAGACUACAUCAAGAGAUUCAAAGCAGAAAAGGCCAAUAUUGUAGGAUGUGAUGACCGGAUUGCGUCAUCUGCCUUCAAGAGAGGCUUGCCAACUGAGUGUGAGCUGUAUCGCGAGCUGACCAUCUCUCCCUGCCAAACACUGGAAGAAGUCUUCGCGACAGCAGAGCGCUACGCACUUUGGGACGAUGACCGGAUCGCCGCAAUGAAGGCUGCCAAGCAAGCCGAUCAACCGGUUGAGCAGGCAAGCCAAAGGAACGGCAGGAUAAAUGACAAGGAUGGAGGCAAGCACAGAUUACAGCCUCAGGGAGGUGCCCCUGCAGUCGAGAGCUAUACCGAGUUCACUAUCCCGAUACACCAGAUCCUGGCCUAA